UCUUGAAAAAAAUAAACAAAUCAGAAAGCGUUCUUAUUUUCUUUCCUGCAAAUGAGUCUCCGUUCCAUCGGCUGAGUCAUGUAUUAUGUCCUCUGACGCCAGCCUGCGUAGCAUGCGCAACUUGUUCAGCCCGCCUGAAACUGAACUAGAGCACUGUUGUAGCUCUGUUGAGCUGUGAUCUGAAUAGGGCAGUAGCGGACUCUGCGGGAGUCCACCAAGUAGAAUUUAGAAUUUAAAUACCCGUAUGUGAGGGCGCAACAAAAAUAGCAGUCGUGUUUUGUCGAGAUUAUGCUCCCACAGUAAUCUUGCGCCACCGUAAGUCGAAAAGUUUCCAAUUAAAACUGAUCAUACCUUAUUCCAAUAUGAAGAACAAUAUAAUUUCAAUUUACUCGGAUCUAAAUGAAUUAUUAAAUGAUAUUUGCAAUUUUCUGUCUGAGGAAGUCGAACAAGGAAAGUUAUCUGGUAAUACCUCCGAAGUGGCCAAAAAACUCAUUCAACGUUCGAAGGUACAACUUCAGGAGAUUUCCAAAGUAUCAAACGUCGACAAUGAGUCAAAUAGGUAUGUGGACAUGCAGCGGAAGGCUUCGAUGGAAUACCUGGUUCCUACUAAGCUUGAAACCCAAGAGCUUUAUUCUGAUAUUGACGGAAGCGUCGGCACCGAGUGCAUGGAAGAGAUCUGCCCCUAUCUGAAACUUCCAUUCUCGGAAAUCUCGUACAUGGAGAAAUCUGGUUACUUGUGGAGAAGAGAGAAAAUCUUCUUCAUCGAACACUGCAAGAAGUUGUACGUCGCGCUGAUGGACAAUUGGAUGCUGAUCUACAACUCGCAGAAAGAUUCUAGGCCAACAGAAGCGCAUAAUUUACGAUUUUAUAGUGCCACCCAAUUGGAAAAGAAAGAAUGCAAUUUUGAGAUGAUUCCUACUAACAAAGAAUAUAAGUCUCAAAUGUUCACAGCAACUACAAAAAAGGACACGGUACAAUGGGUAGUUGAAAUAAAUUUGCGGAGAAUUAGUGCUCCUGAGAUUAUCCCGAAUACUCCGACACCUGCAGUUCCGGAUUUGUCUGAUUAUAACGGAGAGAUUUAUGAGGAUCUCCAUCAUGAUAUAAACGAGGAUAAUUGUAGCAAUGAUUUGCCAAAGCCGAUGCCAGUAUUGCCUCCGCGUGCUUACGCCGAACGUUUUCCACCGAAGAUGUUGUUACCUAAAACUCCUGAUGCAGUAGAUGAAGAAAUUUAUGAUUGCAUAGGUGGAAUAAUCGAGGAAGAAAAUUACUCAGAGCUGGUUGCGCCUGCGAAUGCGCCCGAUGAAGACAUCUAUAUCAAUGCGUCCGAGGAUGAAGAGAUAUAUGACACAAUUGGACCGAAAAGUAAUGAUGAAGAGAUUAUCGAAUACGAAAUGGUCAGCAACGAUUUUCUAGACAAAGAUGUUAUAGAGAAGCCAUACAUACCGGAAGUACCCAAAUUAAAACCAAAACUUCCAGCCAAAGGCAAAUUCUGGAAAUAAUACAAUUUGUGAUUACUGGUCUUCUUUUAAUACUAAUAUAUUUUAUAUUUCUUU